AUGCUGGCUUACUUUAAGCGUGUAUCGGUCAAGAACUUCGAGGAAAACCGCGGUGACUUAGUCAUGGAGUUCCAGGCUAUGCAAGAUGACGAAGGUACGUUGCGGCACCGCGUCGAGACCCCCAAGAGCGGCGAUCUAUUCCUUAUAAAAACUGUCCGACAUGCCGGCUAUGCAAGUUGGAAGCCUCACUCUGCAUAG